CUCCCACACGCCUAAACCGCUACGCGUACGCCCCCGGCCAGAACCAAAAGCCCCUCUCCCUUUCCGCCAUUAAAAUACUCGGGCCGGAAGAAACUCCCCGAAGCACCAGUGACCGCGCUAGGCUGCUAGCUAGCGUCGCGCGUAUUGGUGCUGGUGGCAUCGGGCUUCGCGCGGCGGCCGCCGGUGUAACCUUUGGGAGGAGGUGUGGGGCGGGGGAUGUACGGCGCGCCGCUGUCCAAGGACCUCAACCUGCCAGCCCAGCUGCAGCCGGCGGCCAACGGCGUGCGCACGCCGCCGCAGAUGAGCUCCCCCGGCCUGCUGCGGUACCGGUCGGCCCCGAGCGCCAUGUUCGGCGACGUGUGCGGGGACUUCCUCCCGGCCUCCGCCGGCGCCGGUGCCGGGCACCGCCAGGGCAGCCCGGACCACGCCGCCGACACCGGCUUCGCCCGCUUGCUCUCCGGCCACCACCACCAGCAACACCACCCCGAGAUGAGGGACAAGCCUCCCCGCCCCGCCGCCAGCCACUUCACCGAGGACCCCGCCGCCGCCUCCAUGGCCUCGCAGCAGCAGCAGCAGCUCAUGUACCAGUCGCAGCAGCAGAUGGCCGCCAUGGAGGGGCUGUUCCGCACGGCAAGCUCCGGCGCCACGGACCCCGUCGCCGCCGGCAACGACAGCCUGCUCCGGCAGAGCAGCUCCCCCGCCGGGUUCGUCAACCAUCUGAACAUGGACAACGGCUACGGGAGCAUGCUCAGGGCGGGCAUGACCGGCGCCGGAGGAGGAGGGUACAGGAACGGCGACGCGCGGCUCAAGGGGCAGCUGAGCUUCUCGUCGCGGCAGGGGUCGGUGAUGUCGCAGAUCUCGGAGAUGGUCGGCGAGGAGAUGGGCGGCGGCGGCAGCAGCGGCGACGACGAGGCCGGCAGCAACGGCGCCGGCUACGGCGGCAUCCCCGGGUACCCGGUGGUCGCCCCCUCCGCCGCCGCCGGCUGGGACGAGCCCUCGCCGUCCCCGUCGCCCUCGCUGCUGUCGUCCGACGGCAUGUCCGGGCCGGCCGCGAAGCGGCGCCCGCGCGACGGCGCGGCGCGGCAGGUGAAGCCGCAGUUCAGCCUGCCGGCCGGCAGCAAGCCGUCGCCGUCGCCCGAGAUCGCGGCCAUCGAGAAGUUCCUCCAGUUCCAGGACUCGGUGCCGUGCAAGAUCCGCGCCAAGCGCGGCUGCGCCACCCACCCCCGCAGCAUCGCCGAACGGGUGAGGAGGACGAAGAUCAGCGAGCGGAUACGGAAGCUGCAGGAGCUCGUCCCCAACAUGGAGAAGCAAACCAACACCUCCGACAUGCUGGAUCUCGCUGUCGACUACAUCAAGGAGCUCCAGAUGCAGGUCAAGGUGAUGAAGGACGGCCGGGCGAGCUGCACCUGCGCGGCGGGCAGGCCGCCGAGGAGCUUCGCCAGCUGACGGGCCAUGCUCGCCGGCGUCCCUUCCCUUCACUGCACGUUCGCGGGAGCGGAAGUGAAGACCAAUGGCAUGCUGUCAUCGAUCAAUCAAUCAACCAUCCCAUCAUCAAGCCGUAAACAGGAGAUGUACUACGAAUUAGUUGUACUACAUGAAGGUCAUUGAAAGCCCGCCGAGGCCACGGGCCCCACGUGUCAGCGGCAUUUGCCUUAGCUCCGUGGCCUAGCUUAGGUCGUUCAUCUGUGAAGUGUACAUAUACGUGGUAACCUGCAAUAAAAUCUCACUCACACGGCUGA